AUGGCUAGAAAAGGCCUUAGAAUCUGCAUGAUUGUGUGCUCAAUUUUCUUGAUCGUUGUUGUGACAAUCAUUCUGGCCAUAUCUUUGACCAUCUUAAAACCCAAAGACCCAGAUAUUAGUGUCCACCCAUAUGGCCUUGAAAAUUUUCAGAUUAUACAACCCAAUGUAACAACUGUGCCACUUGGCAUGGUCAUCACUAUAGUCAAUCCCAAUUAUGGAACCUUCAAUUACAAAAAUACCACUGGCUACCUUAAUUAUCAUGACACCAACGUAGCCAAAGCUAUGGUAGUAGCAGGAUCUGUGCCUGCUCGUGGCUUAUUUAAUAUUACCACUGUUGCAGGUAUCAUGACUCAAAAGUUGAUGGAUGAUACACAAUUUUGGUCAGACAUUGAAGUUGGGACAUUGAAUUUUAAAGCAACUAUCACUCUUCCUGGGAAAGUGACUAUGCUCAAGAUUUUCAAAAAGAAGGCCAUGGUUCAUGUAGCAUGUGACCUCUCUUUUAAGCUUAAUUUAAGCUCCAUUCAUACUGAUUCAAGCUGCAUAUCCAAGAUCAAGCUUUGA